AUGGAAGAGGUGUGCAUGGUCAGGGUGAUUCGUAAAACAGGGCAAUCCCCUGCAUCUUUAACGAAAGAAAAGCUAUAUUUUACAAGUUCUACUCAAUUAACUCCCAGAGAUAUUCAGCAAGUGUUAGGUGUUGAUGAUUAUCUCAUUAUUUCUGUGGGUGUAGAGCUGAAAGGCCCACUCUUCUGUGCAUUCCCGGCAAUUUACAACUUCGGAGACUCCAAUUCAGACACUGGAGGCAUAUCAGCUGCAUUUGUGCCCAUCUCUGGGCCUUAUGGCGAGGGCUUCUUCCAUAAGCCUUCAGGAAGAGACAGCGAUGGCCGCCUCAUCAUAGAUUUCAUAGCUGAGAAGCUGAAAUUGCCUUACUUGAGUGCUUAUCUGAAUUCACUUGGGACCAAUUACCGGCACGGUGCAAAUUUUGCGACUGGAGGAUCCACCAUCAGAAGGCAAAACGAGACCAUUUUUGAGUAUGGGAUAAGCCCAUUCUCGCUUGACAUCCAGAUCGUCCAAUUUGAUCAGUUUAAAGCACGCACCAUUGAGCUCUACAAACAAGCUAAGAACCCAUUCGAAAGAAGCAAGCUUCCGGUACCAGAGGAGUUCUCCAAGGCUCUCUACACAUUCGAUAUUGGUCAAAAUGAUCUCUCUGUUGGCUUCAGAAAGAUGAGCUUCGACCAGCUACGUGCAGCUAUGCCAGAUAUCAUCAACCAGCUAGCCUCUGCAGUGCGACAUCUAUACCAACAAGGGGGGAGGGCAUUUUGGAUACACAACACAGGACCAAUUGGGUGUUUGCCAGUGAACCUGUUUUACAAGCAUAAUUUACCAGCAGGUUAUCUUGACCAGUAUGGGUGCGUGAAGGAUCAGAAUGAGAUGGCUGUAGAGUUCAACAAGCAGCUUAAGAACAGAGUGAUCAAUCUCAGGGCAGAGCUCCCACAGGCUUCAAUUACGUAUGUGGAUGUCUAUGCUGCAAAAUAUGGACUCAUCAGCAAAGCCAAGAAUGAAGGAUUUGCUGAUCCACUGAAGAUCUGCUGUGGAUAUCACGUGAAUGACACUCAUAUAUGGUGUGGGACGAAAGCAAUGGUAAAUGGAAAAGCCGUGUAUGGUGCUUCUUGCGAGAAUCCCUUGAAAUAUGUAAGCUGGGACGGUGUGCAUUACGCUGAGGCUGCUAAUCAUUGGGUUGCUGAUCGGAUACUCAAUGGUUCUUUGUCAGACCCACCAAUUUCAAUUACUCGAGCAUGUUACAGGCACUAAAAGGUAGGUCCUGCCACAAAUUCUAGCUACAAAUUAACUUAUCGAGCAUUCCCAAAGGAAGUGAUGUGGCAAAUUGCAAGCAUAAAUGGAGCUUAUUUCUGUGUUAGAUCAGGAAUGCGCUGCGCACAUAUCUAAUUACCAGUGUUGUUGAGAAAUAUGUGCUUGCAAAAUGAAACUGCAUUAUUCAACGUUCUUGCCUCUUUUAGCAAGUGAGCUUUUUUGUG